UAGGUCUAACAACAUGGAACAGCAGCAGAAAAUCACAUCAUAACGAGACAAUAAUGAAAAACCAACAAAGUUUAACUGCAAGUCUACCAAGUCAUGCAACAGAUGCCAAACCAUUUGGAGCAAGCAGUAGAUGUAACAAUAGUUCUUCCACUGAUGAAUCGUCUGCACAUAUUUGGAAUGAAAUACAUGAUGAAGAAUACCCAAAGUAUAGCAAAGAGAGUUAUACUUCAUACAUAGCAGAAGUUUACCCAACUGGUUGGUCAAUGAAGUUUAACACGCGGAGAAAACUUGUGCAACGAGUUCUAUUCACCAACUGGUUGAAUGUGAAGCUUAAUGGUGAUUUAAAACUGACUAGCUACCAAGUGUUGCUAGUCAUGCAUAGAGAAUCAAUAGGACUUUAUAAUGUUGUGAUUGAGGAUAUGCAAUAUGGGAAAAUGAAAACAAGCCAGGGUAGUUUAUUAUUGGAACAACCAUCACGAACAAGGGUAUUUGGAAAACCCACUUCUGAGGUUCUAUCAUCCCAUGCAAUAUGGAACCAAUGGGAGCCUCAUACACAAAGGUUAUGGUACAUGGUUCCAAUAACAAACAAAUCCCUAGAAAAACACCAGAAAUUAUCCAGUGAAGAAAUUGCAGGUUUACCAACCAAAUGCAACAUUGUGUGCUUGCAGUUUUAUGAAACUGUGCCACACCAGAAAGUUCUGGAAGUUCAGCUCUGCUUACACCUGUCUCGUUUUGCUUUGUACAACACAAGCUCACUGAACCGACAUUAUGAUCUUGACCCAACAGUUUCGAGUAUUGAACUUAACAUGAGAGUUGUCACAAUGUGUGAAUCAGGUUUAACAUGCGUGUGUUGGCAAGAAAAACAAUCCAAGCAUAACGUCGGAAACAGACUUUAUUCUAUCGCAAUCUUGAACAAAGAUAUUUUGAUCCACCAUCCAUAUCAGGAAGACAUAGGUGACGUUCCUAUAAGUUUCUAUCCACUGGGUAGCAUGUUAAUAGUUCAAGCAGCUGGCAAGUUCCUCCAUAUAUACGACACUAAUGCCAUUUCCUGCAAUGAAAUCAGGAUGCAAAGUGGAUUGUUUCACUUACUACUUUCAGGAGACUUGCUGCCACCAAUUGCCAACCACCAUCUAGAAUACAUAAAGCGACAUUACCGGCCAGUUGCUGAUUCUGAGAGCGACCCAAACCAUUACAGCGAUUCACAAGAAUCCAUUCUGUCUUCUGUUGGAAGUUACGAUUGCGCAACUAUCUGUUUUGAUCUGACCCGACGCUGUUUUUUAUCACUGGAGUUAUGCUCGCAAGCUUUUUGUGAAUUAUUCACAAGUGAUAGAACUACCACUAAAAACAAAGUCUACAUGACCCGCCAGGCAGUUCUGUACCCUCAAGGUUGUAAUGCAUCUUCUAACCUGCUAUCAAUUGUAUUGCAAACUAUCAUUACAUUUCCAGCACAACAUUACAUAACCCCUAUGUUAUGCCAACUACUUACAGCCAUGGCAUGUGCAGAGUUAGCUGAUUACAAGCAUGCUAUUCCUACAACCAUGAUUCCACUUCUACCAUCAUCACUAUCUUCCUAUGCACUAAACUGGCUGCUAACUGAAAAGGAGCUUUCCCAAGAUGACGUGGUAUAUGAAAGUAUGUAUGGAACUUGUGAGAACUUGUGUAGCUCUGUUAAGCAGUAUAUUGCUGCUUUGAGUUCAGACCACAAGUUAACUGCUAUAGACAGAGUUGUGGGAAAAAGUGACACACAAAUAAUGGACAGUAACAAGUCAACUGUAUGGUACAGAGUUUUCUCUGCAUGUGAGCAAGGACUUUACACCGAAUAUGACUUGGAUAGCAUUAGAGAUGAACUAACUAUCCUAAAGCGCUUAAAAAAAGAUAAGGAUGAAAAGUCAACGAAUAUCCUGGACAACCUUCCAAGUCGUUUGAUGGAUUUAUUUCACAAACGUUUUGGUAAACCAUUAUCAUCAUCAGUAGACAGUAUGUUGGACCUUGAAGAUGACUACCAAACAACUACAAUGUUAUCUUUCCUGGAUAAACAUGAGAGAAUUGAAACUUCAGAUUACAUCAUGGUUUUGACAACUGAAAAACUGGAAGAUCACUUUAGUGCUCAUAUUCCUGCAUCCUCUGAUCCCACAUCCUCCCUGAAGCUCUCCCGCAUCUCACGGGAUUACGUCUCUGCUCAAAUGAGAGCUGUACAUCAUGUUCUGACACUGCUUAUGCUAAAAUCAGGAGUUGAGGACCCUCAAAGUCGUUUGUAAGUCAUUUUAACGUUUUUUAAUUACCUUUUUUUAAUUUUUUUUAAACUAACGUUUUUAAC